AUGUCCCCGGCCCCCCGCAUCCUCGUCAUUUGCCACUCGCGCCAAGGCAAGACCGCGACUUUGGUGCUGAAUGCGGCCAAGGCCGCGGCCGCCGCUCUCGAUUCGACCGGCUCCGUGGACGUUCUCUGCCUGGAGGGCACCCCGGCCGAGGGCUUCCGCGCGGCCGGGCUGAACGUGGUAUCCCCCAAGCUCGACACCGAUGCCGGCCUCCGGGCCCUGGCCGAGUAUGACGGCUUUCUGCUGGCCUCGCCGGUGUCGGUCGGCGGGCACUCGGCCGCCCUGCAGGCUUUCCUGGAGCAAACCACGCCGCUGAUCGCCUCGGGGGCCCUGGCAUCGAAGCCGGCCUCCGUUCUUUUCUCCGCUGCCACUCCGUCCGGGGGAAUCGAGACGGCCAUUCGCAGCCUCCAUGCGGCCCUUGCCCACCAUGGCAUGCUCCUGGUGACUCCUUGCUUCCGGGGCAUGGACGACGACAUGCAGGCCGGGGUUUCCGCCUCGGCGGCCGCCUUUGUGGCCGUCACCGGCAUCGACGGCAACGCCCCAUUGAGUGAGGGUAGCCUGCGCGGCGCGGCGCGCGUUGGCACCACUCUAGCCGCCACUGCCCGUCGGCUUGCUGCCGGAGCUCGGGCCUCCCCUUGA